AUGUCGGGGAUCACUCUGUGGCUGUCAGUUGGUAUGUUUGUGUGGGGAUUUGCUUCAUGCUCCAUCACAUGUCCUGAUGAGAGUCUUUGUCCAGAUGACUGCACCUGCUGCAAGACUGCCUAUGGAUAUAGCUGCUGUCUAUAUCCAAAUGCCAUGUGCUGCGCCGACCUGCUCCACUGCUGCCCUUCGGGAUAUCGCUGUAACCUGGUUACCAUGAAUUGUGAGAAAUUAGACCAGCCGUGGCUGAUCAUACCCAUGGUGAAGAAGGAGGCUGCAGAGAAACCAACCCCCCCUGAACUGUCUGGAACUCCACUCCAGGAGCUGAAAGAGAGCCACGUCCCAGAUCAAAUAAAGAGUUCAGUGGUCUACUGUGACAGUUACACCUACUGUCCUGAUGGCACUACUUGCUGCAGACACCCAAAAGGAGGCUGGUUCUGUUGUCCCUACUCUCCCGGGAAAUGUUGUCUCGAUGGAUACCACUGCUGUCCAUUGGGACUUGACUGUGAUCACACCUACACGUACUGUGUGAGAGACAAACUCACAUAUUCCUUCCUCUAUAAGCCAGCGCUGCCUUCAGCACCUGCUUCUCCCAUCCCACAGACAAAGGAAAGUAGUAGGAGGUAG